UUUAUAUUGCUAAUAAUUUUUCUCUUGUUUACCCUAUCUGGCGGUGUAAAAUAUUUGAGAUCCCGUUAUUUCACAUUUCAGAAUAAUACAGUUUGUGCUCACAAAUUGAUCACCAGACAAAAGUAAAAAUGAGUGAGGAAGUACAAAAAGUGAGUGAAGAAGUGACCCUGUUCACGCGGGAGGAGCUGAAGUCGCGCAACACCCGCGAGGACGCCAUCCUGAUCAUCCACAACGGAGUGUACGAUGUCACCAAGUUCCUGGACGAGCAUCCCGGAGGCGAGGAGGUGCUGCUGGAGAUGGCGGGCAAGGACGCCAGCGAGCCCUUCGAGGACGUCAGCCACAGCUCCGACGCCAGGUCGCUGAUGAAGAAGUACAAGGUGGGCGAGCUGGUGGAGGCGGACCGCAGCGCCGCGCGCGCCGGCUUCGCGCCCGCCUGGACCAACGACCAGCCGCAGGACCAGGGCAACGCGUGGAGCGCGUGGCUGCUGCCGCUGGUGCUGGGGCUGGCCGCCACCGUCAUCUACCGGUACAUCUUCGUGUAGCCCCCCUCCCCCCGCGCCCCGCUCCCGCCCCGCCAGACCGCGCCGUGGAACACCGCUCAAUACAUUAUUAUCAUUCCCUAGAUAGCACAUGAAUGUCAUGACUCAUGAUGGAUAGUUGUGCGCCGUGAC